AUGAUUGCGAAUGGAAAUAGUCAAAGAUUUAUCCGUUCUAGGGCCCACAAGUGCACGCGCCACCGCCUUAAAAGAGACGUUAUCAAAACGUCCACUUCCCCCUCGUAUAAAACUGGCCUAACCCAAAGAUACAUACAGUUGACACAGAAAACCUCUCUCGUCACUUUGAACUCGUGUUUCACUCACGGGACUCGCACCAAAGAACCAAGGGGGGGCUCCCUUGUCUUGUACAUCACAAGACUCACAAGAAAGCCACAGGCUUUUGAUCCAAAAAGGCCAAAAGAAUUGAAUGGAGACAAGCACAUCGAGAACAGGAACCCUGUAAAGAAGAAAAGCGGACAGGUUCUAGACGGUUCGGAUAUAAUGGAGUUGGUUGAGAACGAGGAGGUGUUUACCAGUUUCGUGGAUCAUAAGUUCAACGAGCUCGACAAGGACAGCGAUUGUCAGCUGUCUGUGAAAGAGUUACAGCCUGCCGUUGCUGAUAUUGGCGCUGCUCUCGGCUUGCCUGCUCAGGGUUCUUCUCCUGAUUCUGACCAUAUUUACUCCGAGGUUUUGAAUGAAUUCACCCAAGGAAAGCAAGCAAAAGUGAGCAAGACAGAGUUCAAAGAGGUUCUUUCCGAUAUUUUACUAGGUAUGGCGGCCGGUUUGAAGCGAGACCCUAUCGUGAUCCUCCGUAUCGACGGCGAAGACCUGUCGGAGUUCAUCAACGGUCCGAGUUAUGAAGCGGAGAUGGUGUCCCUAUUUCAACAGGUUACGUCGGAUGAUUCGGUAUCGCUGCGGGAUUGCAUUGUUAAGGCUCUGGAGAAACUUACUGUCGACCACGGAGUGCCGCCUUGUUCAGAUUCUUGGGUUACAAGCAACAUAAUAGAACCGGCUUUGUAUUCAUGGGAUGACAAUGACCAAGAGAAACUUGUCUCUCAAGAAACGUUCCUAGAAGAAUUCAAGAAAGUUGCGGAGCGUGUGGCUCGGAAUCUCAAGGAGCAGCCGGUCAUCGUCGCCCAUAGCGAAAACACCUUCGAUGGAAGCGGCAUUAAGAGACUAUUAUCCAACAAGUUUGAACUAGACAAGUCGCUUAAUAUAGCUUUAGAAAACGUCCCGAAAGAUCGCAACAGUAAAGUAUCGAAGGAUUAUUUACGUCCGGUACUAGAUGUAGUGGCUCCAUCAGCAGGUUUACCUCCAAUCGGUGCAGUCGAACAGAUUGACAAGGUUGUUGCUGAUGCAUUCGACAUGGUGAAUGCGAACGACGGGAAGAUGGUUAAAGAAGAUGAGUUCAAGAAACUAUUAACAGAGAUCCUGGGGGGUGUCAUGCUCCAGUUAGAGGGCGAUUCCAUCUCAAUCUCUUCGAAUUCAGUUGUCCACGAGCCCCUUGCAUCGUCCUCGUCGCUGCUGCAGCCGUCAUCAUAGAUGCAUAUCAAAGAUAUCUCUUAUGUAGAUAUCAGAGGUGACAAAAUAAGGAGGG